AUGGUUCAGUUCGGUCAAAUCUUGCAUCCUUUGGUCCUCCUUUCGGUCAUCUCCCUGCGACUUGCCCCCGUUGCGUCUUGGCGUGGCUGGCCGUGGGCAUGGAAAACUGCGAUCUUACCUUGUCCUCCUGAGCCCAACCCAUGCCAUAUGCGUACUGGUCCUCGUCCUGGACCUGCCCUUUUUGAAGGAUUCCACCCUCCUGGCCUUCCUUAA